GCAAAAAACAUGGCUUCUAAGUUCUUCCUCGUCUUUUUAAUCCUUGCUAUAAUCGCCGUCCGAUCGCAUGCGGGCAGCAUUUCGAUCUACUGGGGCCAAAACGCCAAGGAGGGCACGCUCUCGGACACGUGCUCCACAGGGAAGUUCGACUACGUGAACAUCGCAUUUCUCCCCGUCUUCGGCAACGGCCAAACGCCCGCUCUCGACCUCGAUGACCACUGCAAUCCAUCUGUCAGUGGCUGCACCAACCUAACUACGGACAUCCGCUCCUGCCAGAAUAAAGGCGUCAAGGUCAUGCUGUCAAUCGGCGGUGGGGAUGGCAGCUACUUUCUAACGUCGACGGAGGAUGCGAAGCAAGUGGCCCAGUACCUGUGGGACAAUUAUCUUGGCGGCAACUCUUCAUCCAGACCGUUCGGUGAUGCGGUGCUCGACGGCAUCGAUUUUGACAUUGAGGGUGGCACACGUGACCACUGGGAUGAACUGGCUAGAUUUUUGAAGGGAUACCCCUCGCCGAAGAAGGUAUAUCUGACGGCGGCCCCACAGUGUCCAUUUCCUGAUGCAUGGAUGGGGGGCGAGCUAUCGACGGGCCUGUUUGACUAUGUGUGGGUGCAAUUCUACAACAACUACUGCGAAUAUACGGGUAAUAUCACUCAAUUGAAAGAUACGUGGGAUCAAUGGACGACGAAGAUCCGGGCCACCAAGAUCUUCCUGGGGCUCCCGGCGGCUCCCACCGCGGCAAACAACGGCUACAUCCCCAGCAAUGUACUGAUAUCGGAUGUUCUUCCACCGUUGAAAAACAGUACCAUGUACGGUGGUGUGAUGCUGUGGUCCAAGUACUACGAUGAUCUAACUGGGUACAGUUCUUCAAUCAAGAGUCAUGUUUGA